AUGAGUGAGGGACUCUCACAGGAGGAGGAGGAGGAGGAGAAGGAUGCUUUUAUUGAAGAAUGCCAACUAGAGGAGAAGCUGUUGGAGACAGACAGGCAAAAGCUACAUGAGGAGUGGUUGCUGAGAGAGCACAAGGCACAAGAAGAAUUCCGAAUAAAGAAAGAAAAGGAAGAGGCUGCUAGAAAACGGCAGGAAGAACUAGAGAGAAAGUUAAAGGAAGAAUGGGAAGAACAGCAGAGAAAAGAGAAAGAAGAAGAGGAGCAGAAACUCCAGGAGAAGAGAGCAAGAGAGGAAGCUGUGCAGAAGAUGCUGGAUCAGGCUGCAAAUGAGUUGGAAAAUAGUACCACAUGGCAAAACCCAGAACCUCCCUUGGAUGUAAGAAUAAUGGAGAAAGAUCGAGCUUAUUGUCCAUUCUACAGUAAAACAGGAGCGUGCAGAUUUGGAGAUAGGUGUUCACGUAAACAUAAUUUCCCAACAUCGAGUCCCACCCUUCUUAUAAAAAGCAUGUUUACAACAUUUGGGAUGGAGCAGUGCAGAAUGGAUGACUACGACCCCGACGCAAGUCUGGAGUAUAGCGAAGAGGAAACAUACCAGCAGUUCCUCGAGUUCUAUGACGAUGUGCUCCCUGAGUUCAAGAACGUGGGGAAAGUGGUUCAGUUCAAGGUCAGCUGCAACUUUGAACCUCAUCUUAGGGGCAACGUGUAUGUUCAGUAUCAAUCGGAAGAAGAAUGCCAAGCAGCCUUUUCUCUGUUCAAUGGACGGUGGUAUGCAGGACGACAGCUGCAGUGCGAAUUCUGCCCGGUGACCCGAUGGCAAAUGGCAAUUUGUGGUUUAUUUGAGACGCAACAGUGUCCAAGAGGAAAACACUGCAACUUUCUUCAUGUGUUCAGAAAUCCUAACAAUGAAUUUUGGGAAGCUGACAGAGAUAUGUACCUGUCCCCAGAUCGGACAAGCUCAUCCUUUGGGAAGAACUCAGACAGGAGAGAGAGGAUGGGCCACCAUGACGACUACUAUAGCAGGCUGAGGAUUAGACGAAGCCUUAGUUCAGACCAUUCCUACAAAAGAAACGGGGAGUCUAAGAGGAAAAGUAGUCACAGGGCGAAGAAAUCUCACAAGCACGGGCUGAAAAGUCAGGAAAGGCACAACUCCUGGAGCCGCGGAAGAAACAGAGACCGCAGCCGCAGCCGGAGCCGGAGCCGCAGCCGCAGCCGCAGCCGUGGUGGGCGGAGGUCGGGCAGCAGAGACAGAAAUAACCACAGUCUCAAAGCACUGCACCCGGCAGCCGCCAGCCCAACACUACUACACCAUGGCCUCCGUUACGAGCUUGCCUACAGCUACUUGGCCCUCACAGCACACGACGAUGAGGUGACCAUCACGGAGGAUGAGAUCAAUGCCCUCAUGGAGGCAGUGGGUGCCAAUGUUGAACCUUUCUGGCCUGGCUUGUUUGCCAAGGCCCUGGCCAACAUCAACAUCGGGAGCCUUAUCUGCAGGGUAGGGGCUGGUGGGCCUGCCCCAGCUGCGGCGGAGAAAGUGGAAGCCAAGAAAGAAGAAUCUGAUGAUGACACGGGUUUUGGUCUUUUUGACUAA